CGCCCACCUCCUAUACGCUAUCCUGACCUGGGCCUCAUAGUCAAGUUUGGGCUCGAGAUCACCAUAGCGGAAGGCCAAUGCCUUUGGGCGAUGAAGCACCUACUCGAGGAGAAGGUACCAGUCCCAGAAGUAUACGGGUGGUGCAAGGACGGCAAAGAUGUAUUCAUCUACAUGGAAUUGGUGGAUGGGGUGACUCUAGAAGACCGGUGGGACAGUCUCUCCACCGAGGAGAGAAUCGAGAUUUGCAAGCAGCUUGACGGCAUGAUGAAGUCGCUGCGAUUGCUGGAGCAAGAUCCCGAUGUCAGGUUUAUAGGCCACAUCGGACGCCAGCCGCUACAAGAUGUCAUCUUCGAAUGCUCCCCUGUCGUUCCUGGUCCUUUCCCUACUGUGAAGGCCUACCACGAUUUCUUCGCCUUCUCAACUGAAACACCGCAUCCGUAUCGCCACUUCCUCCCAGACGAUCUCCCCACCACGUUUACUCACGGAGACCUGCACAGAAGCAACAUCAUCGUGUCGCCGAUUGAUGCUGAAGGGCAGCCACGAGUCCUUGCGAUUAUCGACUGGCACCAGUCUGGGUGGCUCCCCAACUAUUGGGAGUUCUCGAAGGCGCGAUGGUGCGUAGCGAUUGGUGAAGAGUGGGAGGCCGAGUAUCUG